UACCUAAUCUUGUUAAUAUAACUAGUGAGUCAUAAUGUCAGUUUUCAGUGAAAUACCACCAUGUACUGUGGAACCAUAUUAGUAAUCAUAUAAUCUUAUCUCAAACAGAUAAGAGGCCCGUACUCCAUAACACACCUAAAGUGUUGUUGCGUCGUGAAUAUUUCGUUCAUAAUUUUGCCCUGAUUUUUAGUUACGGUGUUUAAGUGAUUCCAAAAUGGGAUUAAGGAAACCAAUUUUGUUUUACUUAGCAGUCGUGUUAGUUAUCCUGAGCACGCUUACACAUGAAGUCGAAGCCAGGCGCAGAAUUCUUCGAGGAAGGCGUGUGAUGACACGCACUUAUUAUCGUGGUAACGCGGUACCGGCUUGGGCAAUAAGUUUGAUGGCGGGCAUAGGAAUGAUUCUUAUUGGAGGAGUACUGUACGUUGUUAUGAGAAAAAUCGUCCUUUCAUCGGAAACUGGUACACUGAAUACUUAUCAACCAGCCAUGCAGCACGACAACAGUGUAUAAGUGGCAUAAAAAAAAAAUUAUGUAUAAGAAUAGAU